CCUCCGGCCCCGCCCACGGCUGCCCCUGCCCCGGACAGAAGCGGGUCUCCCGGCAAAAAGACCGGUAAGACGUCCAGCCCGGGGGCGAAGAAACCGCCCCCGACGCCCCAGCGAAACUCCAGCAUUAAGGCCAGCGCUUGUGCAGAGCAGCCUGAGCCUAAGAGGCCCUCGGUGGACAGUCUGGUCAGCAAGUUCGCGUCACCAGCGGAACCCUCCGGGUCUCCCAACAAGGACACCCCACCACCUCCUGCAGCGCCCCCCAAGCCUGGAAAGCUCCAUCUUUCCGGAGUUGGCCUCCCCGGAGUCCAGCCGGGGGCCGUGGCGGCCAAGGCGGCGGUCCUGAGCGGGCGCGGCAAGGACGCCGCGGUGGAAUUCCCGUCCCCGCCGUCCGACUCGGACUUCCCACCCCCUCCGCCCGAGGUAGAGCUUCCUCCGCCCCCCAUCGAGAUGGCCGUCGUCAGCCCACAGCCACAGCCGUGGUCCAAGGCGUCCGCGAAGAAGGCCCCUCCGCCCACGCGCCCCAAGCGGAGCGACAGCACCCGCCUCACGCUCGCCGAGGCCCCCGAGCCGCCCGCCGCCGCCCCGGUCGUGCCGCAAGUGCCCACCUCCCCCAAGUCCAGCCUUAGCGUCCAGCCCGGGUUCCUGGCUGACCUCAACAGGACCCUGCAGCGGAAGUCCAUCACCCGGCACGGCUCGCUCUCCUCCUCCCGCGUGUCCAGGGCCGAGCCCACAGCCACCAUGGACGACAUGGCGCUGCCCCCGCCGCCGCCCGAGCUGCUGUCGGAUCAGCGGAAGGCCGGGUACGGAGGCAGCCACAUAUCAGGCUAUGCAACCUUGCGGAGAGGGCCCCCUCCCGCGCCCCCCAAGAGAGACCAGAACACCAAGCUCUCCAGAGACUGGUAG